CUAACAGCAGGCUGACACACUGCGUUACGUUUAGCUGUCAACAAACUUAAGUAGACACUUUUCGGAAGUUUGGACUAUUUUUGUUUUACGCUGAAAAGGCAACAUGCAUUGAUACCAGAUUGGAGACAUAACGGAGAGAUGUCGCAGCUUUUCUGAAGAGGGUUUUUGGACCGAAAGGGGACUCUUCAUUGUAUUGUGACUUUCUGGCUCAGAAGCUAAUUUGGCUAAAUUAGCUUGAGAGCUAAUUGAACUGGUCAGCAGCCGGUUUAGCUCCUAAUUCUCUUACUAAAGGUACCAGCAAUCAAAAAACUCGUUUGGACAGUUUGGUGUCGCCUUCGGUUCCUGCCAUGGCUGACAGCAGCAUACUGACUUUAGGGACAGCUCGGAGUCUGUUGGACUCUUCAGUCUAUGAUUCGAGGAUCGCCGAAACCACCAAGGACCAUGUAUUUCUGGGCAUGGCAUGUGAAGAUGGGGAAGACAUGCAUCCAAAAGUGGAGACGAGGGUCGUUCUGGUGGGAGAAGCCGGUAGAAAUGGAGCUCUGGUCAAAGCCCUGCAGGCCAUCAAAGUAAUGGAGGUACCCGUGGUAAAGAUAAGGGAAGGCGAGGCGGGUGCUGAGGAGAAAAUGAUGAUAAAAUCUAUAGUCAAUAUGGACAUCAACACGCCGUGCCUGAUUACAGACAGCGUCCAGGAGUUUGGAGACGGAGAGAACACGGAGUUCGAGACAGUCUUCGUCCUAACAGACUUUGAUUGUCCCGAGUACAGCUACCUCUACAAACGGGACAACCGCAUUGUGGGGCCUCCUGUUGUCCUGCACUGUGCUGCAAAGGAGGAACCUUUACAGUUUUCCUGUCGUCCUCUCUACUCCACCACAAUGCUCAACCUGUCGCUGUGCUUCACUGGCUUCAGAAACAAAGAGGAAAUGAAAAACCUGGUGAACCUGGUGCAUCACAUGGGUGGAACCAUCCGGAAAGACUUCAGCACCAAGGUUACUCAUCUCAUCGCCUACUCCACCCACGGAGAAAAAUACAGGCUGGCGGUGUGCAUGGGGACCCCCAUCCUCACUCCGUUGUGGAUUCUCAAGGCCUGGGAGAAGAGAGAUGAAGAGCUCUUCCAUGCAGGAGAAGAGGAGUUUCGGACAGAGUUCAAAGUACCUCCAUUCCAGGACUGCGUGCUUAGUUUUUUGGGUUUCUCCGAUGAAGAGAAGGUCAACAUGGAGGAGAGAACUCUCAAACAUGGCGGCAGUUAUCUCGAGGUCGGAGAUGAGAGGUGUACGCACAUGGUGGUGGAGGAGAACUCGGUGAAGGAGCUGCCAUUCUCUCCGACAAAACAACUCUAUGUGGUCAAACAGGAGUGGUUCUGGGGAAGCAUUCAGAUGGACGCCCGGGCCGGGGAGUCCAUGUAUCUCUACGAGAAGAACGACAGCCCGGCCAUGAAGAAGGCCGUGUCCCUCCUGUCCAUCACCACCCCUAACAGCAACCGUAAACGCAGACGUUUCAGGGACACGCUGGCUCAGCUAACCAAGGAGACGGAGAUCUCCCCCUUCCCUCCACCGCGCAAGAGGCCGUCAGCAGAGCACUCCCUCUCCAUGGGUUCUCUGCUGGACAUCUCCAACACCCCUGACACAUGUAAAGCCUUAGCAGAGAGUUCAAAGCCCUCCAAGAGUUCAACUCCGGCUCUGUCCAAGCAGUCAGCCAGGUGGCAGGUCUCCAAGGAGCUCUACCAGACUGAGAGCAACUACGUGGACAUUUUAAGCACCAUCCUCCAGCUUUUCAAGAUUCCUUUGGAGAAAGAGGAGCAGGUGGGCGGACCCAUUCUGGCCCAAGAGGAAAUGAAGACAAUAUUUGGAAGCAUCCCAGACAUCUACGAGGUUCACAAAAAAAUAAAGAGUGAUCUUGAGGAACUCCUGACAGACUGGUCAGAGGACAGGAGCGUCGGCGACAUCAUUCUCAAAUAUUCGAGAGAGCUGGUCAGGGCCUACCCUCCCUUUGUCAACUUUUUUGAAAUGAGCAAGGAGACCAUUGUUCGCUGUGAGAAACAAAAGCCACGCUUCCACGCUUUUCUCAAGAUCAACCAGUCCAAGCCGGAGUGCGGCAGACAGACGCUGGUGGAGCUGCUCAUCAGACCUGUUCAGAGACUGCCCAGUGUAGCUCUUCUUCUUAACGACAUAAAGAAGCAUACGUCAGAUGACAACCCAGACAAGAUAACACUGGAGAAAGCAAUUGAGUCUCUGAGAGAAGUCAUGACCCAUAUCAACGAGGACAAGAGGAAGACUGAAGGCCAGAAGCAGAUCUUUGAUGUCGUUUAUGAAGUUGACGGCUGUCCUGCCAACUUGCUGUCCUCCCAUCGCAGCCUGGUUCACAGAGUAGAAACGAUUGCCCUGGGAGACCAGCCCUGUGACCGCGGGGAACAUGUGACCCUCUUCCUCUUCAAUGACUGCCUAGAGAUUGCGAGGAAGCGACACAAGGUGAUCAAUACAUUCAAGAGUCCACUGGGACAGACAAGACCGCCGCCCCCGCUCAAGCACAUUGCACUGAUGCCACUGUCCCAGAUACGAAGAGUGCUGGACCUGCAGGACACAGAAGAGUGUGUGAAUGCCUUCGCCUUGGUGGUUCGCCCUCCGACUGAACAGGAGAACUUGUUGUUCAGUUUUAAACUGGCUGGAGAGGAAACCGUUAAAAGCACCUGGCUGCGAACACUUUGCCGCCAUGUUGCCAACACCAUCUGCAGGGCUGACGCGGAGGACAUGAUUCAGUGCACGGACCCAGACUCACUACAGGUCAGCACAAAGGAUAUGGACAGCACCCUGAGCAAAGCCUCCAGGGCCAUCAAGAAAACUUCCAAAAAGGUAACGAGGGCCUUUUCCUUCACCAAGACCCCGAAGCGUGUGAUCCAGAGGGCAUUCAUGGCCAACAGUACACCAGACGAGAAAAGUCAGAGGCUGAGUUGUGAAAACCGCAUUGGCAGCAGUUCCACUCUGGCUGCCCACCAUUCCCCCUCCAUGGUCAAUCUGCCCUCCAUGUUCGAGAGGAAGUACCACACAUUCAGUCGCUCAACCACCCACCUCUUCUGAGAUGCACCGACACGACUCAACCCAUCUUCUCACCUUCUUUGCCUUUACUGUAACUAACAGCAGGACAUGACUGGACAUGUGUGUGACAUUUACGAUAACUUUAAAGUCUGGAGAGCGUGUCCGUACUUCGGAUCUGCACAAAUCCACGAGGAAUGUCAUGUAGCCACAUUCUGAAAAAUGCACUGAAGCUGUGGACAAACUUGAAUCUGAUACUUGACACUAUCAGAAUUGUCCAGCUACUAUUGGUGCCUCUUGGCUGCAAUUUGGGCCAAGUAGAGUUGAAUUGAGAAGCCUCAUUUAAGAAGUUGAGAAGUGUUAUCGUCUGCAAAAAAAAUCUAUAUUUUUUGCUGACAAGGCACAAAAAAAUAUAGUUUCUUAUCUAAUCUAGCACUCGGGGGUUGGCGGAUGUUUAAACAUGCACAAAUAAGAGGAUUUACCUGGAGCGGUACUGCAUCAUGCUAGUGGCUACAGAUUAGCGAUUAGCACCACGCUAGCGGCUACAGAUUAGCGAUUAUCAUUGGUUCUGGUGAGCUUAAAGCCUUAGCCUAAAAAGAAAAAGUGAAGGAUGCUCUUUUGCUCUUUUGACUACAUUUGUUUAUGGAUUGUCUUGGGGUGUUUUUCAUUGGAUGUCAAAGUUAUUCACCUUUCACAGUUCGCCUCUUGCUGGGCCUUCUGGUUGGUUACUUAGUCGAGUGAAGUGAUAACACUAACUUUAAGUAAACGACCUCAUCCGACCUCGGGUCGAAAUAGGGACUUGGACCUGUUGCCUGAAUGUUGCUGGAUGUUCAAGUUUAAUUUCACCUUGCAUCAAAAGAAGCGUUUAAUCGAAUAUGUUUUUGUUUGCGUUGCUAAGCUCUGUUUAGGAUUUAUAAAAGUUAAAUUGGACUGAUUGAUUGAGCGCCCUUUGCUGUAUUAUGGCUUUUUUUUUGUAUUAACAUGCUAGGUAAACGACUUCUCAUUUAAACUGACAUUUAGUCUUGUGUUGUUUUAGCGGUUAGAUUUAAUUUCACUUGAUUUAAUAAUAUGACUUAUUAUAAAUUAACCCACCUUCAAAGUGUAAACGUACUACAGCUUCCAGCUUUUAUAAAGCUUUUAAUUUAGCAUUUACGAGAUUCAGCGGAGAAAAUGCUCAGCCACAUCUGCUUACCCGUCCACGUUUUAAAUGUUCGUUUUUUUUAACCGUGUUUUUCUCUGUGUGUGUCUGUCGAAGAAGGGAUGCUGCGUCAGUGUACAUAUUUAUUCUGGAUGAAUACAUUUUAAUAUCUGUUUUUCUUUAUCUUCUCUUUCUAUUUAUGUUUUUUCACUUUUCUCUGUUUUUUUUAAUCGACUUUAAAUCCUCUCCUUUUGUUUAAUCUUUGUAUUAAAUGCACUUAAACAUGUA